CCCCAAAUCGCAAAUACUCGCGUGUUCUAACUUCUAACUAUGAUUCAAGCGCUAAUGGCGGCCGCGACGUACGCUUGGUUGCGGUUCAUGCGGAGGCGGCGCGCGUGGAGUGGUAGGCGCGCUGCAGAGCGGCGGCUCGCUGCAGGGCGGCGGCGGUUCAUGAGGCUGGAGUGACGGGCGUGUCGCGGCGCGUGCAAAUCGGGCAUGCGCGGAGCGGUGGUACGCACAGAGGCGGCGUGCACAUGACAGCGAAGAACACCGCAAUGGUUUGACUAAGCAGGUUCUGGAUUUGCUCGAUUUCAUCAAUUUGGGAAUUAGGGUUUCGUCAAAAUUAGGGGAAAAUAGAUCUUCUAAAAUUUUAGAGUUAAAAACAUCUAAUUCCCCUCCUUCACUUCUUGUGAGAAAAACGAAUGAAAAUUAACUAAGCCAUACAUAAAAGCACUCUAAACCAACAUGAAUCUACACCUUAAUAAGGUUCAAGCAACUAAUGGCUUGUAAUCCGAGGCAAUUAAGCAUGAUUUGGGUAUUAGGACUAGGUUAAGUGGCUUUCAUGCCAAAUGCUAGAAGCCUAGAACUAAUUGCCUAAUUAGCCACGGAUCUCUUAACCUUAUACACUAAACACCAACUAACAUUAAGUAGCGGAAGUAGAUCAAUUAACCUUGAUUCAGAGAAGCCAUUAGGUUUUGUCUUGGCGGGUCAAUCAAGAGUAUAGCGACAAGGUACGUACAAGGGUCUUGUGCGUCACAGUAUAUCACCGGGAAGAUUGCCCGGCAACGGUCAGCGGCCUUCGGCCACCCAGAGCACCAAGAUCGAUCAAGAAUUUUAGGGGUUACAAAAGCCUAAAGUCACGCGGAUGUUAGCUAGGCUGUCGGUUCCCCUUUUCUUUUAUAUGACGCUAGGUUAAUGUGACCGAAACCAAAAGCGGUUUUUGCGACAUCUUGGGCAUCCCAGCGGGGCUUAGAAUUCGGAUCAUAUUCAUCAUAGAAAUUCAGCAUGUAUAGCCAUAGCUAACCUAGAAGCAGAGAGGGUGCAUCGAGCAAGACCGCGCAGACAGCUAAAGCUCGCCUGGUUUCAGAAGCGAAAACAGACAAUUUUCAACGAUGUAAACAAACACAUGCACGUGAUAUCGAUGAGACCAAUCAGCAUAUGUUGAUUCCCAGCAUCCAAACCCAAGGAGCACACAGAAAUUCCAAGAAAAGUGACACCAUCUCCAAGGAACAGCUUGUAGUAAAUGAACUAUAUAUAUAUGGACACCAAAUCAACAGGCCAAGGUAGUUAAGCACCCAAUUAGCUAGAUCGCUAUAGCCACAUCUAGCUAGCGAGGUACGUAGCUAGAAGCUUUCAAGAGAGGCAAUGGAGGGAGACAAGGCGAACGGCGGCGGCGGCGGCGACGUGGUGCUCCUCAACUGCUUCGUUAGCCCGUUCGGCAACCGCGUGAAGAUCGCGCUGGCGCGCAAGGGCGUGGCGUAUGAGGAGAAGUCCGAGAACCUGGCGGCCAAGAGCCCGCUGCUGCUGUCCUCCAACCCCGUCCACGCCAAGAUCCCCGUCCUCCUCGUCGGUGGCAAGGCCGUGAGCGAGUCCCUUGUAAUCCUCGAGUUCGUCGAGGAGGUCUUCUCCAGCGCCGGCGAGCCACUACUCCCCGGCGACCCCUACGCACGGGCCCAGGCCCGCUUCUGGGCCUCAUACAUCGACACCAAGCUGCCAGAGUGUGCGAAGCGGGUGUGGCAGUCGCCGAAGGGCGCGGCGGCGGCGGAGGAGGGGAAGAGGGACAUGGUGGCCGUGCUGAACACCCUGGAGGCGGAGCUGGGCGGGAAGCCCUACUUCGGCGGGGAGGCGUUCGGGUACGUGGACGUGGCCCUGGUGCCGUUCGCGCCGUGGUUCACAACGUACGAGCGGCUCGGCGGGUUCAGCGUCGCCGCGGAGUGCCCCGCGCUCGCGGCGUGGGCGGCGCGUUGCGUCAGGGAGAACGAGUGCGUCGCCGCGUCGCUGCCGGAGGCCGAGAGCGUGUUCCAGUUCGUGUGCGGCAUGAGGAAGCACUUCGGCCUCGACUAGGCUGGCACGCCGCAGGAGCUAGCGCGCUCGCGUCGACGCGAGCGGCGCUGGUGGCUAGGCUGCAAUAAGGAGUGGAUCGGUCGGUGCCUGUCUUGGUUUGCGCAUACGAGGACGUACAUGCAUGAUUGUGCACGUUUUCUCGGUUUCCAACAGGCUGGGACGCGUGGUCCAUGAUUUCGAUUGUCAACUUUUUCGUCAUUAAUUGCUUGGCUAUUGUUAUGCACGUCGUUUAUUUAUGCACUUGUAUUUGUGGUUUUGACGAACAUUUCUUGUGUGUAAUAUUUCGCUUUUUUC